AUGACGAACGACGAGAAGCUUCUACUCUGACCGCUGUUCUCCCUCGUCUUCCUCGUCUUCUCCAAAUCGGCUCUCAUUUUCUCGACACGCCGUUGUGAAAUUUGAAUUGAACAAGUCUCUUCCUCUGUAAUCCUUCUCCUCUACCUUCUUCUUCUUCUUUCUCUCUCAUCAGGUCCCAACUUCAAUCUCUCUCUCUCUCUCUGUGAAAAUGCCGACCGCGGUGGUGAAGCUGUACAGCCUCUUCUUCAAGUACCACCUCAAGCACAAGCUCCAAGCCCUCGCUCAAUCUGCCUCCCCUCCGAGCCCCGCCGACCCCUUCGGCAUCGCCUCCCGCCUCGACGAGCCCGCCGCCCCCGCGAACCCCUCCUUCGUCGACGGCGCCGCCUCCAAGGACAUCCACAUCGACCCCUCCUCCGCCCUCUCCCUCCGCCUCUUCCUCCCCGACACCGUCCUGGCGUCCCCGGCCGGCGGCGCCGGCCCCGGCGGCGGCUCCGCCAACUACGGCGGGUACUCCCCCUCCACCGGGGACUGCGUCAGGCUCCCCGUGAUGCUGCAGUUCCACGGGGGCGGCUUCGUGAACGGGGGCCACAACUCGGCGCAGAACGACGGGUUUUGCCGGAGGAUCGCGAGGGCGUGCGACGUGAUCGUGGUGGCGGUCGGGUACAGGCUAGCGCCCGAGAGCAAGUACCCGGCGGCGUUCGAGGACGGGGCCAAGGCGCUGAAUUGGCUGGCGAAGCAGGCGAAUUUGGCGGGCUGCAGCCGGUCGAUCGGGAAACUGAGGAGGAAUGUCGGGGUCGAGGGCCGUGUGUUCGACAGUUUCGGCGUGUCGAUGGUCGAGCCGUGGCUCGCCGCCCACGGAGAUCCUUCCAGGUGCGUCCUCCUUGGUGUGAGUUCUGGCGCCAAUAUUGCAGAAUAUGUGUGUCAAAAGGCCGUAGAGGCAGGGAAGCUCCUUGACCCUAUCAAAGUGGUGGCUCAAGUCCUAAUGUAUCCGUUCUUCGCCGGGAGCACCCCCACAAAGUCUGAGGUCAAGCUUGCGAACUCUUACUUCUAUGACAAGGCUAUACGCAACUUGGCCCUGAAGCUCUUGUUACCAGACGAGGAGUUCAGCCUUGACCAUCCAGCAGUGAACCCUCUUGUCUCAAGAACGGUGCCUUUGAAGUGUAUGCCUCCAACCGUGAUGGUAGUGGCCGAACAUGACAUGAUGCGGGACCGCGCCAUCACUUACUGUGCAGAGCUGCGGAAGUUCAAUGUUGAUGCACCCGUGCUGGACUAUAAGGACGCCGUUCACGAGUUCGCCACUAAGGAUAUGCUCCUUCAGACGCCACAAGCUCGAGCAUGUGCGGAGGAUAUAGCAAUAUGGGUUAAGAAGUACAUCUCACUCAGAGGUCUCGAGUUUUCUUACUGAACUGGUCAGGAAAGAAAAUUUUGCAAGUAAGGUGAAUCGAAGCAAACAAAGAUAAUUGGAGGGAGAUUAUCAUGGACAGGAAGGCCGAUGCAGAGCUGUGAGACAACUUUGCUUGGUUGACUAUAUAUGCUUGUCCAUGAAGAAGCACAUGGCGACUGGACUCAGAUCUUGACAAUUGGUGCAUUCACCAUCUCUUUCCUCAAAUGCUGAAGCUUUCUUCAGAGAUAUGAUUGUUUCCAUUCUUUGAAUCGUUUUCCUCCCAUUGUAGAGUCACCAUUGAUUUGUUCAUUUGUUCAUAUUCAUCGCCUUGAUGUGAAGAUGUAUCUUAUAGGAUUUAAUCUUAAAUGAGAAUUUGCUCUGUCUAGUUCUUUC